UUUCUAACAUAAUAUAAUAAUUUUUAAUAUUAAUAUUUAAGAUAUAUGUCAAUAUUGGUAAAACUAUUAAUAUCCAGCUUAACAAUGGUUUGUGUCACCAUUGUGGCUUAUGCCCAUGGAGGACAUCAUCAUAGCCACGAAGAAGAGAUUCAUACAAAUCCAAUAUUUGAUGAAUUAAUUGCUUACUGAAGUUAUUACGACUGGAAAACACAGGCAAUAAUCGCAACACUCAUUGUUCAAUCAGUGCCUGUCGUAAUAAUGUCAGCGACCUACAAGUUCUUAAGUACUCUUGUGGGAGACAGUAAGAAUUCUUUGCUGGUUCAAAUAAUGUACGCGUUCACAUUCGGCUCGCUAAUGGGAGAUGUGUUCUUUCAUAUCUUUCCUUCUUUGAACGAAUAUUACACUAAAGGUGGGAAAAUAUUUGAAGAGCACCAACAAAUACGUGUUUACUAUUUCUUUAUUGGAGGGAUGAUUUUGUCAUAUCUCUUGGAAAUAUUUAUUAAUAGGUUCUUUGGUGAUCACUGUCAUAACGACUCUAAUAACAAGCAUCACGACCAUAAAGAGAACCAAGGUCAUUCUUCAGAAGUGAUCCUUGCUUUCUUUGGGGAUUUUUUCCAUAACUUUUCUGAUGGGCUUGCCAUUGCAAGCACCUAUGCGCUAAGCCCAAGAUUGGGAUUUGUUACUGCCUUAGCUACCUUUAUACAUGAAUUUCCUCAUGAAAUUGGAGACUUUGCUUAUCUCUAUAAGAACAAAUAUAGCUAUGUCCAGGCUCUUUCUUAUCAAUUGUUGACAGGCUGAGGAGCAGUUUUAGGAGCCAUUGCAAGCUUGACUUUUGGAGGAAAAGCAACAAUUGAAAUGGUCGCAAUUUCAGGAGGCACAUUUGUGUAUAUGUCUCUUCUCUUGUUUCUAAAUGAUCUAAGAAGUAGCAACAAAUUAUCCUGGGCCAUUGCUAAUACAGUAUCCAUUUUUGCAGGACUAUAUGCUAUGGAAGCUGUGUCAGUAUUUGAAGGACAUUAAUUUUUUAAGUUUCAAUGCUUAGGA